AUGGAUAUGCAAAUGAUACUUUCUAAAAUAGAGGAGCAGUUCGAAAAGCAAACCAGUUUAAUUACGGAUAACGUUACCAAAAAACUGUCUGCUACAAUAGACGAAAAACUUAACCCACUGUUGGAAGAAAAUCAAGAGUUAAAAAAAGAAAUUAGUUCCUUAAAAUCUAAGCUGCAAAACCUAGAAAGGGACAUAAGAAGAAAUAAUUUAAUAAUGCACGGAGUCAAAGAAACCGAAAAUGCGGAUGUCAUAGAUUUGGUGUUAAAAACUCUUAAUAUCGCCUGUGAAAAAGCUGGCAUUGAAAACUGGGAUAAGUGGGAGAUCAGUGAUGCUCGUAGACUAGGAAAAGCAACCCCAAAUAAAAUAAGACCGAUUCUUAUCUCCGUAACCUUGGCAUGGCGCAAAACGCAAAUGUUAAAGAACAAAAAAUCUCUACCACAAAACGUAUACAUCAGUGAAGAUUACUCAAAAGACGUCUUAAACAAAAGAAAAGAACUUAAAAUACAGCAACAGGAGGAGAUUAAACAAGGAAAACAGGCCUACAUCCGGUACGACAAGUUAAUUAUAAAAGAAAAACCAUCAGAAAAAAGGAAAAGAUCCCUGUCAAAGUCACCGAAAACACCACACUCUGCAGAAUCAACGUAUGCCGCGCAGACUAAAAUUUGCAAGACAAAAAAACUAGAACAAAUGAAUCGCGCCAGAUCGAACUCUUUUUCAACACCCACAGCAAAUAAACAAUAG